AUGAUAAAGACUCUGGUUUCUCCUUGUAGUGGAUUUGGAUCUCAGAAACUAAAGUUUGACAGAUCUGGUAAGAAAGUGAAGCCGAGAGCAGUAAGAAUGGAACUCACUAUCACCCAACCUGAUGAUUGGCAUCUUCAUCUCCGUGACGGCGACCUUCUUCAGGCUGUUGUGCCUCACAGUGCGAGUAAUUUCAAGAGAGCGAUUGUGAUGCCGAAUCUGAAGCCGCCUGUUACAACCACUGAAGCUGCCGUUACUUACCGGGACUCUAUCAUGAAAGCUUUGCCACAUGGGAGCAGCUUUGAUCCACUCAUGACACUCUAUUUGACAGACAAAACCCAUCCUGAUGAAAUCAAGCUUGCCAGGGAAAGUGGUGUGGUUUAUGCGGUGAAGCUGUACCCUGCCGGAGCCACAACCAACUCUCAAGAUGGUGUCACAGACCUCUUUGGGAAAUGCUUACCAGUUCUAGAAGAGAUGGCCAAACAAAACAUGCCUUUGUUGGUUCAUGGGGAGGUCACAGAUCCAAGUAUUGAUGUCUUUGACCGGGAGAAAAUCUUCAUUGAGACAGUUCUUCAGCCUCUAAUCCAGCGCCUGCCGCAGCUCAAAGUAGUGAUGGAACACAUCACUACCAUGGAUGCUGUGAACUUUGUUGAGUCUUGCAAAGAAGGAUCUGUGGGUGCAACAGUCACACCACAGCAUCUCCUUCUCAACAGGAACGCUCUUUUCCAAGGUGGAUUACAACCUCACAACUACUGCCUUCCAGUUCUCAAAAGAGAGAUACACCGACAAGCCAUAGUCAAAGCUGUAACUAGUGGAAGCAAGAAAUUCUUCCUCGGCACAGAUAGUGCUCCACAUGAACGGACUAGAAAGGAAUCAUCCUGUGGAUGUGCUGGUAUUUACAGCGCUCCUGUUGCCUUGUCCUUAUACGCAAAAGUCUUUGAUGAGGCUGGUGCGCUUGACAAGUUGGAAGCUUUCACAAGCUUCAAUGGACCUGAUUUCUAUGGCCUCCCGAGAAACUCGUCAAAGAUCACACUGAAGAAAGCUCCUUGGAAGGUUCCAGAGAAUUUCUCCUUCUCCUUUGGAGAGAUCAUUCCAAUGUUUGCUGGAGAAACCCUUCAAUGGCAACCAUUCUCCAAAUGA